UUCCUUUCCGGUCUCCGGCCUGUCAAACGUAGCGAAAUUUUCCCAGCUCGAUCGGUCCCGACUUUCGCCCACUAAAACCGACGCACCUUGGUUGCCCAAGAUGGCCAAAAAGAAAGGCGAGGAGCAGGACUUUGAGGAGGAGCCAAACUUUGACGAUCCGGAAGGAUACGUGGACGAUGUAUCGGAUGAGGAGCUGCUAGGUGACUUUCUGAAGCAGAAACCGUGCGAAUCGGACGGAGUGGAGAAUGUGAUCGUGGUGGAUAAUAUUCCGAUCGUCGGGGCGGCCCGUUUCGCCAAGCUGAAUGGCAUCAUCGAGAAGCUGUUCAAGAACGCUGGCACGAUCGUGAACGUGCACUACCCGAAGGACGAGGAGGACAACACGAAGGGGUACGCGUUCAUCGAGUACAAGAAUCAGGAGAGUGCUGAAGAGGCGGUGAAAACGCUCAACAACCAUCGGUUGGACAAAAACUACAAGCUGCUGGUGAAUCGGUUUUCCGAUUUUCAGAAGUAUUCGGAUAUACCGAAGGACUGGUCACCACCGCAACCACAACCGUACAAGGUGCAGAACGAUCUGUACAACUUCCUGGUGGAACCGGACGCCCAGGAUCAGUUCUGUGUGGUGUCGGAAACGAUACCCGGCUCGGUGCAGGUACAGUUCUGUCAAAACACCCAGCCGGAACCGACGGAGCUGCUGAAGCGCGAACGGUUCACCGACACGUACGUCAAGUGGUCACCGAAGGGUACGUACAUCGUGACGUUCCACAAGCAGGGCGUCAUCAUCUGGGGCGGUUCGAACUUUGUCAAGGUGAACAAGUUCCCGCACGGUAACGCACAGUACGUGGACAUUUCGCCCUGCGAACAGUACCUGGUGACAUACGGUCCGAACGGGCAGAAGAUUGUCAUCUGGGAUAUACGUACCGGUGCAGAGAAGCGAGCGUUCGUGUCGGACGGGAUGUCGAACGCGUCCAUGUUGCGCUGGUCGCACGACGACCGGUACGUGGCCCGACUGAUCGACAGCCAGAUUCAGAUCUACGAUACGACCACAUUCUUCCUGCUGGACAUGAAAUCGAUCCGAGUGGAAGGUAUCCGCAACUUUAGCUGGUCACCUACGGACAACAUUAUCGCGUACUGGGUCGCGGAAGAGGUGGACGUCCCGGCAAAGGUAACGCUGAUGGCGAUCCCGAAAAAGACGGAACUGCGUACGAAGAAUCUAUUCAACGUAGCCGACUGUAAAAUCCACUGGCAAAAGUCGGGCGACUACCUAUGCGUGAAGGUGGACCGAUUUUCCAAGUCUAAAAAGGAAAAGAAGGACAAAAAGGAUUCGGACGUAAAGUUUCUCGGCAUGUUUUACAACUUUGAAAUUUUCCACAUGCGCGAAAAGGACAUACCGGUCGAUUCGGUUGAGGUGAAGGAAACGAUCCUGGCAUUUGCCUGGGAACCGGUCGGUUCCAAGUUUUCCAUCAUCCACGGUGAACCAGCAUCCGCUAAUGUGAGCUUCUACGAGACGAACAAGGGCCAGGAACCGACGCUGGUAAAGAAGCUGGAGAAGAAGGUGUGCAGCCAUCUGUUCUGGUCACCGAGGGGACAGUUUAUUGUGCUGGCGAACCUGCAGAUGGGUACGUUCGAGUUUGUCGAUACGAACGACUUUAGCAUCAUGAAGACGGGCGAUCAUUAUCGGGCGUCGGAGGUGGAAUGGGAUCCGACCGGACGGUACGUCGUGACGGGAACAUCCGGAAAGGCUAAGGAAGACCAGGGCUACUACAUGUGGUCGUUCCAGGGACGCAUUCUGAAGCGCGUAAAUCUGAAGAACUUCAUGCUAUUCUUGUGGCGUCCUCGUCCACCGACCCUGCUGUCCGAGGCGAAGCAGAAGGAGAUUCGCAAGAAUCUGAAGAAGUACUACUCGCAGUUCGAGAGCAAGGAUCGUUUGCGUAUGACCCGUGCCUCGAAGGAGCUGAUCGAGAAGCGUGCGAAGCUGCGCGAGCAGUUCACCGAGUAUCGCACGAAGCGCGUCAAGGAGUGGGAGGAACAGAAGAAGCGUCGUAUGCAGUUGCGAAACAACAUCGACACAGAUACACUGGAAGCAGAUCCAGACAACGUAGAGGAAGAAAUUGUUGAGAUACUAGUACGUGAAGAUACCACCAUUAUCGAGUAAUCCGUAGAAGGCAAAACUCUUCCUCUAC